UUCUGCUUUCUCUGGUCUUUCUCUUUUCUCACCACCAAGGCUUUUCGUUCGUGAUUCCUCUUUGCGUCUCUUUUGAGCGCUUCCGAUCUUUACCAGGCCUUUGUUAAGUGUCGUCACUCGUUCUCAAGAGAUCCCUCAGACUCUCCUUAUCCUAUCUGUGAUAGAGAUUGUCCGCAAGCAACCGGCUUCCAAGCAAAUAUCCAUUCCUUCGGUCGCGAUCAAUCAACUCAGUCCUUACUGUGUGAUACCUGUUUCGCUGUUCAAUCCGUACUACUUCACGGCUUCUGUCAACCGCUCCUCCGUGAAAGCAUCUGAGAAUAUCGUCAUUGUGAAAGAUUGUUAUCAUCGAUUUUCGAGAUGCAGAUUCUUAGCAAGUUGAGCGUCGCUCUCGUUGCGGCCCUGGCAACCGCCUCUCAGGCGCGCCACCUCCACAGCCCUCACCAUCUCCAAGCCCGGGCCUUUGGCAAUGGAACCAGCGUGGCUGCACCCACUGCUCCGUCUGCACCCUUGGUUACGGCUCCCACUUCAGCCCCGGCCUUGACCACCUCUACCGUCUACUCGACGCAGGAGUUCACCGUCACCAGCUGCGCGCCUACUGUCACCGACUGCCCUGCGCACUCGACCAAGGUCAUCACUUCUACCAUUGCCAUCUCGACCACUGUCUGCCCCGUCACCGAGACGGAGGGUCCUGCGGCCUCGUCCACCGCUGCUGCUGCUUCUCCCGCCUCUAGCGCAGCUUCAAGCAUCAUCACUUCGAGCCCGGUCCCUACCACCUCUGUGUCCAGCAAGAUCACCAACAGCACCUUGACCUACACUCUUGGCACUGGCUCCUCCACCAGCGUGGUGACCACCACGGUCAAGCACACUUCUUAUGAGACGGAGACUUUCACUGUUUAUGCCACCUCGGCUGCCCCUGUCUCUUCCAGCACUCCCAUCACCACCGUGCAGUCGACCUCGACUUCUACCCGCACCGUUACGGUGACACCCGCCGCAACCAGUGGCUCCGUUGGUGCUGCCGCCAGCUCUGCCUCUGGCUCUGCUGCCUCUGCUGCCUCUGCUGCUUCCGGAUCUGCCGGUGCUGGCGGUAGCUGCCCAUCUCAGGUCACUGUCACCGUGACUGCACAGUCGACCGUCACUGUGGUAAGUAACUUUCCGGCACUUUAACCAAGUGCUCUCAGCUCACCAUAUAUUUUAGACCGCUGGAGCCAGCACCUCCACCCCUGCCACCAUCGAGAGCUCAAGCAGCUCAACGAGCGCUCUGCCAACCGUCUCUUCCAGCGCUCCCUACGGCAAUGGAACCUGGACAACUUAUGCCAGCACCGGCUUCGUUAC